GAAUAUACCUAUAAUAUAUAUCAGCAUUUAGCCACAAAGAAAUCCCCUCUUGAACUUCUACAUGGAUAUCAACCACAAGCAUAUCUAGCCAUUAUAAGAAACAUAAAUGUCCCCACCACCAACACUUACCUUCAAGCUUUACAAUGUGCUAGGAAGGAAGCACAAGCCAAUCUCAAAAUCAUAGCUGAAGCUAUGAGGAUAUAA